AUUUACAUCAAGCUAAACCUUUUCUAAUCUUGUUUUUAUAGCAAACAAGUUUUCGGGUUUCGAAAGUCUUGGGAAGGGCAAGCUGGCUCUGGCGGCAUGCGAGGUGCGUGGCGGAAAGCCCGCUCAAGCCCCGGCCGACGCUGGGAGGAGAAGCCGGGCCGGGGGGUGUCUCCAGAUGACCAGUGAUGUGAAACAUAAAGUAGUUUAUGUUAUAAAAAACACUGCAGAAUGCAUUGGACCAGAUAAUUACAAACAAGACAUCAUGUUUGCUGAGUUGUCUGACACACCACUUGAACACACAAUUAUCUUAAUAGAAGAGAUUUUAGCACCUCUUUUAUCCAAUAAGAAAAAUCAUGACUCUUGGCCACAGUUUAUUUCACAAGACAUGGAGCGUCAUGUGGAAACUGUGAAAAAUAAAGCACAUAUUAUGAAGGAAUUGAUGUCAGGAAGAACCUUUCUUCCCAUCCCAACAAUUGUAGCAAAGACGGACUUACAUGAGAUAUGUGCUGAAAAUAAACAGGAUUCUUAUGCUAGGACAGUGCUACAUGCAAUUGAAUCUAUGAUUAUUAAAUGGUCACAUCAGAUACGUGACAUAGUUCAAAGGGAUUCUGUUCAACUGCUUCUGCAUGGCGUUUAUCCAGACCCCCAAACUGAGCUCACCUUCUGGAAGGCAAGAAAAGAUGAUCUGUUAUGUAUACAUGAUCAACUUUGGAAUCCCGUUGUUCAAAAAAUGGUUAAGAUCUUAAAAGCCAAAGAGAGCAGCUACUAUCCUGCUUCACAGAACAUUUUCAAGGAGGUAGAAAAUGCACUUGUGGAAGCCCAAGAUGUUGAACUGUAUCUAAGACCACUGGGAAGGCACAUUCAGUGUCUUCAGGAGGCAGAAUUCCCAAAGAUAUAUAUUUUAAUUCCUCCUUUAUUUCACACCAUCUGCCUGAUCUGGAGUCAAUCCAAGUUUUACAGCACGCCUGCACGAAUAAUAAUCUUAUUGCAGGAGUUCUGCAAUCUGUUCAUUGACCAGGCUAGAGCAUAUCUCUCACCAGAAGAUCUUUUGAAAGGAGAAACUGAAGAAGCAUUGGAACAUGUACAAAUAGCUAUAAAUAUUUUAAAGAGUUUCAAGAAUUCAUUUGUUAGCCACAGAAAAAAGUUGGAACGUUAUUUCACCAAUGGAAAGGAAUUUAAACCAUGGGAUUUCCAGUCGAAGAUGGUGUUUGCCAGAUUUGACAUGUUUUUCAACCGCUUAGUUAAAAUUGAGAAUAUUUUUGUUAAUAUGUUGGAACUUCAAAAACUGGAAAAGCUGGAGUUUGGUGGAGUCAAGGGAAAAAUCUUAAGUGAACAAACCUGCAGGAUGAAUGAAGAGUUUAUGGAAACCUGCAGAGUUUUCAGAGAGAGAACAUAUGAUCCCACAGAUUACAAUAACCUGGAGUUUGAAACUGAUUAUUUGGAGUUUAAAGCCCAAAUCCUGGAUUUUGAAAGACGCCUUGGGUCCAUUCUUUGUAUGGGAUUUAUUCACUGUUCAGGCUUAGAAUCAGCAUUUAAGCUUCUAGCCAUCUUUGGGCACUUUCUAGAAAAACCUAUAAUUAUGGAGAUUUUUAACCCAAAUUAUAACAUUUUACUGCAAAUGUUUGAUGAAGAGCUGGAUAAUUGUAAACGCUUAUAUGAUGCGCAUGUUAAGCAGGUAGAAGAAGGGAAUGAGAUCAUAAACAAAAAUAUGCCAUUUACUUCAGGAAAUAUUAAGUGGUCCAAAGAACUCAAAGGACGGAUACAGACAUUUUGGUCAUACCUAUCGUAUCUGUCUCAUCCAAUCUUGGAAGGUCCUGAAGCUUCUUUAGUUUAUCAGAAAUAUUUAGAAAUGUUGACUUUACUUGACAGUUAUGAAGAUCACAUCUUCAAUGAGUGGAAAACUGAAGUGGAUGAAGUUUGUCAGUUUAAUUUAAACCAACCUUUAAUUAAACGUAAUCUGGAAAAUGGUCUCCUGAGUGUGAAUUUUGACCCUAAGCUAGUGGCUCUGCUGAGAGAGGUGAAAUACCUACAGAUUUUGAACCAGACUCGCAUUCCAGCUUCAGCUUUAUCAAUAUUUGAGAAAAAGAAGACUUUUGAUAAGUACAUUGGAAACCUUGAACUCAUUGUUCAGUGGUACAACAAGCUUAAGCAGACUAUUCUGGAGGUGGAAUAUCCCCUGAUUGAAAAUGAACUGAGGACUAUUGAUGAUCAGCUAAAAAAAGCAGAAGUAGUAUUUACAUGGCAAAAAGAGAACUGCUGGGACUACACUGAGCAAGUAAAAACGACAGUGUGUCACUUGGAGCAGAGAGUUCAACAGUCAAAGGAUAACAUUAAAACAAUUCAGCAAAUUAUGAACGCAUGGACAGAGCACACACUGUUUUCCAGGAAAGAUAAUAAGAACGAAGCUUUGCUAAAUCUGGAAGACAAAGGGGACAGAAUUGCUAAGAAAUACAAACUGCUACAAGAGGAUAGCGUCCGGAUCCAUAAGCUUGUAGAGGACAACUUAAAGCUCCUCAAAGCUGAUUCUGCUUCAGAUUCUUGGAAGAUUUAUAUAGAGUAUAUUGAUGAUAUUGUAGUUGAUGGUUUAUUUAAUUCUAUAAUGCAUAAUUUAGAUUAUUUCUUGGAGAAUACUGAGAAAAAUUGGAAGCCUGUUCCACUUUUUCAGGCACAAAUAAUUCUUAACGGGCCAGAGAUUGAGUUUAAACCUUCAUUGGAUAGAGAUGCUGGAGAUAGCUUUUAUGACCUAAUAGAUGAACUUUUGGGCAAUAUUUUCAAAAUAUCUGCCCAGAUAAAAAGAGUAGCAGCACAUCUGGAAAUAGAACAUUAUCAGAAUGAUAUGGAUAAUAUGUCAGAGUUAUGUGAAAUCAGACAGGAGAUUUUGAACAGAGUGGCAGAUGUUACCAGUAAAGCCCUGGACUACAGAAAUUCUCUUGACACUUACGCCUAUCUGUGGAUAGAUGAUAGAUCUGAGUUUAUGAAGCAGUUUCUAUUGUAUGGACAUGUUUUAACAACUGAAGAGAUUGAAGCUCAUGCUGAUAAUGGAGUGCCUGAACAGCCUCCUACUACUGAACAGUUUAAAAAGCAGAUUGACAUUUAUGAGAAUCUUUACAUUCAGAUGAGCAAGUUUGAAGACUUCAGAAUUUUUGAAAGCUGGUUUAAAGUUGAUAUGAAGCCUUUCAAAAUGAGAUUGUUAAAUAUUAUUAAGAAAUGGAGCUGGAUGUUCAAGGAACAUCUUUUGAGAUUUGUCACUGAAAGUCUGACUGAUUUAGAAGAAUUUAUAAAAGUGACUGAUGCUGGACUCGAAAGACAGCUGAUAAAAGGAGAUUAUAAUGGACUAGUAGAAAUUCUUGGACACCUUCUGGCUGUGAGAGACAGGCAGAUAGCUACAGAUGAGCUCUUUCAACCUCUGAAAGAAACCAUUGCGCUGUUGGAAAGCUAUGGACAGAAUAUGACAGAACAAGUUUAUGUCCUACUAGAGGACUUGCCUGAAAAGUGGAAUGCCACAAAAAAAAUUGCCUUGUCUGUAAAGCAUGCAGUAGCUCCUCUUCAGACUGCUGAGGUCACAGUUAUAAGAAAAAAAUGUGGUUUGUUUGAUAGAAAGCAGAUGGAAUUCAGAGAAAGAUUUAAAGUGAAAGCUCCCUUUCACUUUGCUGAAAAAAAUCCAUAUGUUCUUCUUGAUAAGGCAAAUCGGGAACUUGAGGCACUGGAAGAAGAAAUGUUACUAAUGCAAGAAGCUGCAAACUUGUUUGAAGUGGUUGUUCCAGAUUACAAACAAAUGAAACAAUGCCGCAAAGAAAUACAGUUGCUGAAGGAAGUGUGGGAUAUUAACAUUUAUGUUAUAAGCAGCAUUGAUGAUUGGACUAAAACCCAGUGGAGGCAGAUUAAUGUGGAACAGAUGGAUGUAGAGCUCAGAAGGUUUGCCAAGGAAAUGUGGUCAUUAGAUAUGGAAGUUCGCUCCUGGGAUAUAUACAUAGGUCUAGAGUUAACUGUGAAGAACCUGAUGACAUCAUUGAAGGCAAUAUCAGAGUUGCAGAAUCCUGCAAUAAGAGAGAGGCAUUGGUAUCAGCUCAUGAAUAUGACAGGUGUCAAUUUUUCAGUAACUGAAGACAUGACCUUGUCAGAUUUGUUGGGAUUACAACUGCAUACAGUGGAAGAUGAAGUCCACAGUAUUGUGAACAAAGCAGUGAAAGAGCUGGGUACUGAAAAGAUUCUUACAGAGAUCAGCCAAACAUGGGCUUCCAUGGAGUUCUGUUAUGAAGAGCAUCAGAGAACGAGGACUCCUUUAUUAAAAUCUGAUGAACAGCUUUUUGAAACAUUAGAUAACAACCAAGUUCAGUUGCAAGCAAUUCUGCAAAGUAAGUACGUGGAAUAUUUCACUGAACAAGUCUCAAUCUGGCAAAAGAAACUGAAUAUGGCAGACUCAGUCAUUUUCAUUUGGAUGGAGGUUCAACGCACGUGGUCUCACCUAGAAAGUAUCUUCAUUGGCUCUGAUGAUAUCAGAAGUCAGCUUCCUGAAGAUGCUGAAAGAUUUGAUGGAAUUGAUUCAGACUUUAAAGAAUUAAUGAUUAACACAGCAACUAUAAAAAAUGUAUUAGAAGCAACAACCAAACCAAAUCUGCAUGGAAAACUUGAAGCUUUACAACACAGGCUUUCUCUUUGUGAAAAAUCUCUUGCUGAAUAUUUAGAAACCAAGCGCUUAGCUUUUCCUCGGUUCUAUUUCAUUUCUUCAGCUGAUUUGCUUGAUAUUCUUUCGCAAGGGGCCCAGCCUAAACAGGUAACACGUCAUCUUACUAAACUUUUUGACAAUAUUGCUGAUCUCAAAUUUGAAGACAAGGAAGAGAAUCUAACAAAUAUUGUGUUGGGGAUGUACAGUAAAGAAAAAGAAUAUGUCCAGUUCUAUGCAGAAUCUGAAUGUGUUGGUCAGGUGGAGAAUUGGUUACAACACCUUGAAGAAGCCAUGCGCCAAACAGUGCGUCACUACAUCAUGGAAGCUGUAGUAGCCUAUGAAGAAAAGAUGAGGGAGCAGUGGAUUUUUGACUACCCUGCUCAAGUUGUACUUACCAGCUCACAAAUCUGGUGGACCACAGAUGUUGGAAUAGCAUUCAAGAGGCUAGAAGAGGGGUUUGAAACAGCCCUAAAGGAUUAUAAUAAGAAGCAGAUCACUCAGUUAAAUGCUCUUAUUGCCCUGCUGCUGGGAGAACUUACUUCAGGUGAAAGACAGAAAAUCAUGACUAUUUGCACUAUAGAUGUACAUGCUAGAGAUGUUGUUGCAAAACUUAUAGCUCAGAAGGUCACCAAUUCCCAAGCUUUUACUUGGCUGUCACAACUAUGUCAUAGAUGGGAUGAGGCCAACAAACACUGCUUUGCUGACAUUUGUGAUGCUCAGUUCCAGUACUUUUAUGAGUAUUUGGGAAAUACUCCCCGCUUGGUUAUUACACCUCUGACUGACAGGUGUUACAUUACUUUAACCCAGUCUCUGCACCUAACAAUGAGUGGGGCUCCUGCAGGUCCAGCUGGUACAGGUAAAACAGAGACUACCAAAGAUCUGGGUCAUGCCCUUGGUAUGAUGGUCUAUGUCUUCAACUGCUCUGAGCAGAUGGAUUAUAAGUCCAUAGGAAAUAUAUAUAAGGGUUUAGUACAGACAGGUGCCUGGGGAUGCUUUGAUGAGUUUAAUCGAAUUUCAGUAGAAGUUCUAUCAGUUGUGGCAGUACAAGUGAAGACUAUACAUGAUGCCAUUCGAAAUAAGAAGAAAAAGAUUUUAUUCUUUGGAGAAAGCAUUGCAUUGAAACCAUCUGUUGGAAUAUUUAUUACCAUGAACCCGGGAUAUGCUGGUAGAACAGAACUACCUGAAAAUCUCAAAGCUCUGUUCAGACCUUGUGCCAUGGUUGUCCCUGACAUUGAGCUGAUCUGUGAAAUUAUGUUGGUUGCUGAGGGUUUUAUUGAUGCACGCUUGUUGGCCGGGAAGUUUAUUACCUUGUAUACUCUCUGCAGGGAACUGCUUUCUAAACAGGACCAUUAUGACUGGGGACUUCGUGCUGUUAAAUCAGUUUUGGUAGUUGCUGGCUCACUGAAACGAGGGGACAAGAAUAGACCUGAGGAUCAGGUACUAAUGCGAGCCUUAAGAGACUUUAACUUGCCUAAAAUAGUGACAGAUGAUAUCCCAAUUUUCAUGGGCCUGAUCAGUGACCUGUUUCCAGCUCUGGACGUUCCGAGGAAGAGGGACCUACAAUUUGAACAGAUGGUUAAGCAGUCUACCCUGGAGCUUCACUUGCAGCCUGAGGAGAGCUUUAUUCUCAAAGUGGUUCAGCUGGAAGAACUUCUGUCAGUGCGUCACUCGGUAUUCGUGGUGGGAAAUGCAGGCACAGGAAAGAGCAAGGUUCUAAGAACUCUGAACCAAACGUAUAUGAAUAUGAAACAAAAGCCUAUUUGGAAUGACUUAAACCCAAAAGCUGUCACCACUGAUGAGCUAUUUGGUUUUAUACAUCAUGCUACUCGAGAAUGGAAAGAUGGUCUCUUAUCAUCUCUUCUGAGAGAGCAGGCUAGUAUCACUCAUGGUGGACCAAAAUGGAUUGUCUUAGAUGGGGACAUAGAUCCUAUGUGGAUUGAGUCACUCAACACUGUUAUGGAUGAUAACAAGGUCCUGACCCUUGCCAACAAUGAACGUGUCCCUCUGACUCAACCCAUGCGACUUCUUUUUGAGAUACACCAUUUAAGAACAGCUACCCCAGCCACUGUGUCUAGAGCUGGGAUCCUUUAUGUAAACCCCCAAGACCUUGGUUGGAAUCCGUAUGUUGCCAGUUGGAUAGAAACAAGAAGUCAUCAAUCUGAGAAAGCUAAUUUGACUAUUCUUUUUGAUAAAUAUGUGGUUCCCUGCUUGGAUCAUCUCAGAACAAGUUUUAAAAUGAUCACCCAUAUUCCUGAGAAUAGUAUGGUGCAGACUCUCUGCUCUCUGUUGGAUUGUUUGCUGACCCCUGAAAAUGUUCCUCUUGACUGCCCAAGAGAGCUUUAUGAAAUCUAUUUUGUUUUUGCAUGUAUUUGGUCAUUUGGUGGUGCACUUUUUCAAGACCAGCUUUCCAAUUAUCAAGCAGAAUUUAGCCGCUGGUGGCUCAAGGAGAUGAAAGCAAUAAAAUUUCCAUCCCAGGGUACAAUUUUUGAUUAUUAUCUUGACCCCAAGACCAAGAAAUUCUUGCCAUGGACUGAUAAAAUUCCAAAAUUUGAAAUGGAUCCAGACACACCUUUACAGGCAGUCCUUGUUCAUACAUCUGAGACCGCAUGUCUGAAAUACUUUAUUGAUUUGCUUUUGGAGAAAGGCAAACCAGUGAUGCUUGUUGGAAAUGCUGGAGUAGGAAAAACAGUAUUUGUAAGGGACAGACUUGCUGCUCUCUCAGAUGAUUAUGUAGUGUCUAACAUUCCCUUCAACUAUUAUACUACAUCAGCAGUGCUACAAAAGAUUCUUGAAAAAUCCCUGGAAAAAAAAGCUGGCCGUAACUAUGGACCUGCAGGGAACAAAAAGUUGGUUUAUUUUAUUGAUGAUAUGAACAUGCCAGAAGUGGACAUGUAUGGAACAGUUCAACCCCACACACUGAUUCGACAGCAUAUAGAUUAUGGCCAUUGGUACGAUAGGCAGAAGUUAACUGUCAAAGAAUUACAUAAUUGCCAAUAUGUUGCUUGUAUGAAUCCAACUGCUGGCAGUUUCACUAUCAACCCUCGACUUCAGAGACAUUUCACAGUGUUUGCCCUCAACUUCCCAUCUGCUGAUGCCCUGAACACCAUCUACAGCAAAGUCCUUGGUUUCCACUUCCAGCAGCAUACCUUUAAUCCAUCAGUGUUGAAGAAUGCCCCAGCCAUCAUAAGGGCAGCAAUAUGGCUUCAUCAGACAAUGGUUCAGAAUUUUCUACCAACUGCUAUUAAAUUCCAUUACAUCUUUAACCUGAGAGACCUUUCUAACGUCUUCCAGGGAAUUUUAUUUGCUACACCUGAAUGUUUAAAGCAGCCAAAUGAUCUCAUACGUCUUUGGCUUCAUGAAUCUUCACGUGUUUAUGGAGAUAAACUGGUAGAAACAAAAGAUUGCAGCUCUUUUCAUAAAAGGCUCAUGGACACUGCACACAAGUAUUUUGAGGGUAUAGAAGAUCAUGUGCUACUCCAGCUCCCUCUCAUUUAUUGCCAUUUUGCAAAUGGGAUUGCAGACCCUCUGUACAUGCCUGUCAAGAAAUGGGAAGUUCUGAGGAAGAUGCUUACAGAGACCCUUGAAAGCUACAAUGAGAUGUAUGCUUCUAUGAAUCUAGUUUUAUUUGAGGAUGCUAUGCAGCAUGUGUGCCGUAUCAGCCGUAUCUUAGAAGCAACUCGGGGUUAUGCACUUCUGAUUGGAGUGGGUGGUAGUGGAAAACAGAGCUUGUCUAGGCUGGCAGCAUACAUCUGUUCCCUUGAGGUGUUCCAGAUCACUCUGAAGAAAGGCUAUGGGAUCCAGGACCUGAAGGUAGAUCUUGCCAAUUUGUACAUCAAGACUGGAGCCAAGAACAUGCCCACUGUGUUUUUGCUGACAGAUGCCCAGGUUCCAGAUGAACACUUUCUUGUGCUGAUUAAUGACUUGUUGGCAUCAGGGGAAGUUCCAGAUCUGUUCAGUGAUGAAGAUAUAGAUGGCAUAAUUGCAGGAAUUAGGAAUGAGGUGAGAGGUCUGGGUCUGAUUGACACCAGAGAAAAUUGCUGGAGGUUCUUCUUGGAUAGAGUGCGACUACAGUUAAAAAUCAUUUUGUGCUUCUCUCCAGUUGGCUCCAUGCUGAGAGUUAGAGCUCGGAAGUUCCCAGCCAUAGUUAACUGCACAGCUAUUGACUGGUUUCAUGAGUGGCCGCAGGAGGCCCUGCACUCCAUCAGCAGGAGGUUCAUUGAAGAAACAGAGGGGAUUGAGCCACACAUUCAAGAUUCCAUUUGCCAUUUCAUGGUAUAUGCUCACACCACUGUGAAUGACCUGAGUGCCAAACAUCACCAGAAUGAGAGGCAAUAUAACUACACCACUUCUAAAAGUUUCCUGGAGCAAAUAACAUUGUAUAAAAUCUUUCUGGAGAAGAAACGUGAGCGGAUAUCCAAACGCAUGGAACACCUGAUGAAUGGCAUUAAGAAGCUAAAAACAACAGCUUCUCAGGUAGAGGACCUAAAAUCCAAACUUGCCUCUCAAGAGGCAGAACUGCAACUGAGGAAUCAAGAUGCUGAAGCUUUGAUUACUAAGAUAGGGCUUCAGACUGAGAAAGUGAGCCAGGAAAAGGCCAUUGCUGAUGCUGAAGAGCAGAAGGUAGCAGCAAUCCAAGCAGAAAUAUCUCUGAAACAGAGAGAAUGUGAGGAUGACCUGAGGAAAGCUGAACCUGCUUUAGUGGCUGCAACAGCAGCCUUGGAUACACUUAAUAAGGUUAACCUCACAGAACUGAAAGCCUUUCCCAAUCCACCAAUUGCAGUAACCAAUGUUACUGCUGCAGUGAUGGUGUUACUGGCUUCUAAAGGCAAAGUGCCCAAAGACCGAAGUUGGAAAGCUGCAAAAGUCUUCAUGGGAAAGGUUGAUGACUUCUUACAAGCUUUAAUUAAGUAUGAUAAAAAGCAUAUACCUGAAAAUUGUUUGAAAGUGGUCAAGGAACUUUACUUGAAAGAUCCUGAAUUCAACCCAAACUUGGUUCACACUAAGUCCUUUGCAGCAGCUGGUCUCUGUGCCUGGGUCAUCAACAUAGUAAAAUUCUAUGAGGUUUUUUGUGAAGUGGAGCCAAAACGUCAUGCGUUAGCUCAGGCAAAUGCCGAUCUAGCAGCAGCCACUGAAAAGCUGGAAGCGAUCAGGAAAAAGCUUAUUGACCUGGAUAGAAAUCUAUGCAGACACAAGGCUUCAUUUGAAAAAGCAAUAGCUGAGAAAGUUCGAUGUCAAGAAGAUGUGAACCGAACCAGCAGAACUAUUGAGCUAGCUAACAGACUUGUCAAGGGACUUGAGUCUGAAAACAUUCGUUGGAGCCAGUCUAUUAAACACUUGGAAGCACAAGAAAAGACAUUAUGUGGCGAUGUCCUAUUAACAGCAGCAUUCGUGUCUUAUGUUGGAUCCUUUAUGAAACAGUAUCGUCAAGAACUGGUAGAACAUCUGUGGAUUCCUUUCCUUAGAUCACAGGAGGUUCCUAUUCCAAUAACUAAAGGCCUGGACCUGAUUGCCAUGUUGACUGAUGAUGCUACAAUUGCAGCAUGGAAUAACGAAGGCCUACCUAGUGAUAGAAUGUCAGCAGAAAAUGCCGCUAUUCUAACGAACUGUGAGCGCUGGCCUCUGAUCAUAGAUCCCCAGCAACAAGGAAUUAAAUGGAUAAAGAAUAAAUAUGGAACUGACCUUAAAGUCAUACAUCUAGGACAGAAAGGGUUUCUGAAAACCAUUGAAAGAGCUUUGGCCUGUGGAGACACCGUCCUAAUUGAAAACUUGGGUGAAACAAUAGAUCCAGUACUUGAUCACCUACUUGGAAGAAACACAACUAAAAAGGGGAGGUAUAUUAAGAUUGAAGACAAAGAAUGCGAGUUCAACAAGAAUUUCCGUAUCAUCCUUCACACUAAGUUGGCUAACCCUCACUACAAGCCAGAACUGCAGGCUCAGACCACCCUCAUUAAUUUCACUGUCACAAGGGAUGGGUUGGAAGACCAGCUGUUGGCUGAAGUUGUUACUGCUGAAAGACCCGACUUAGAAAAACUUAAAUCUGCCCUAACCAAACAGCAGAAUGACUUCAAGAUUGAACUGAAACAUCUGGAAGAUGAUCUUCUGCUUCGUCUUUCAGCUGCUGAGGGUAGUUUCUUGGGUGACACUGAGUUGGUGACAAAACUUGAAUCAACGAAGAAAACAGCAGCAGAAAUCGAAUGCAAGGUAGCUGAAGCAAAAGAAAAUGAGGCUACAAUUAAUGAGAUGAGAGAGCAUUACAGACCCGCAGCUGUAAGAGCAUCUCUUCUUUACUUUGUUGUUAACGAUCUGCGCAAAAUCAACCCCAUCUAUCAGUUCUCACUGAAGGCCUUCAGCACAGUCUUCCACAAAGCAUUAGAACAGGCUGAUGCAUCAGAGGAUAUCCAGGGUCACAUCUCCAACCUGACAGAAGCUAUUACAUAUUCCACCUUUUUGUAUACCAGCCAGGGACUUUUUGAAAAGGACAAACUCAUAUUUCUAGCCCAGACAGCCUUUCAGAUUCUGCUGAGAAGUAAAGAGAUAGAGCUCCUUGAAUUGGAUUUCCUGCUUCGAUUCACAGUAGAACACACUUACAAGAGUCCUGUUGACUUUUUAACUACUCAGUCAUGGAGUGCCAUUAGGGCCAUUGCUCUAAUGGAGGAGUUCCAAGGACUAGAUCAUGAUAUUGAAGGGUCUGCCAAGCGGUGGAAGAAAUGGGUGGAUUCAGAAUGCCCAGAAAAGGAGAAGCUUCCUCAGGAGUGGAAAAGCAAGAACUCUCUUCAGAAACUUAUCAUACUGAGGGCACUCCGCCCAGACAGAAUGACGUAUGCCCUGAGGAACUUUGUGGAGGAAAAACUAGGUUCAAAAUAUGUGGAGGGCACAAGGAUAGACUUGGCAAAAUCAUGUGAAGAGAGCAGUCCAGACAUGCCCGUCUUUUUUAUUCUCUCUCCGGGAGUAGACCCACUUAAAGAUCUGGAGACACUUGGCAAAAAACUUGGGUUUACUAUCGACUCUGGAAAAUUCCAUAAUAUCUCACUUGGACAAGGUCAAGAGAUGGUUGCUGAGGGGGCACUAGAGAAAGCUGCUGCACAUGGGCAUUGGGUCAUUCUCCAAAACAUUCACCUAGUAGCCAGUUGGCUGGGGACUUUGGAGAAACUCCUCGAACAUUACAGCAAAGGAAGUCAUUCUGAUUACCGGAUCUUCAUUAGUGCUGAACCAGCUCCAACCCCAGAAGAGCACAUCAUCCCUCAAGGAAUACUAGAAAACUCAAUUAAAAUUACUAAUGAACCUCCUACUGGGAUGCUGGCUAAUUUGCAUGCUGCUCUCUACAAUUUUGACCAGGAUACACUUGAACUGUGCACCAGGGAGCAGGAGUUUAAAAGCAUUCUCUUUUCUCUCUGCUACUUUCAUACAUGCGUUGCUGGGAGACUCAAAUUUGGUCCACAAGGUUGGAAUCGAAGAUACCCUUUCAACACUGGAGAUCUGACCAUUUGUGUCAAUGUCCUCUACAACUACUUAGAGGCACAUACUAAAGUUCCAUGGGAAGAUUUGCGCUAUCUCUUUGGUGAAAUUAUGUAUGGUGGCCAUAUAACUGAUGACUGGGACCGCAAGCUAUGUCGGGCAUAUUUAGAAGAAUUCAUGAGUCCUGCUAUGCUGGAAGGAGAACUGGCACUGGCGCCAGGCUUCCUAGCCCCACCUAAUCUGGAUUACACUGGAUACCACAAGUACAUUGAUGAAAUACUUCCACCUGAGAGCCCGAUUCUCUAUGGACUCCAUCCUAAUGCAGAGAGAGAAUUCUUGACAGUGACAUCGGAUAACCUCUUCAAAACUCUUUUGGAAAUGCAGCCUAGGAACUUAUUUAUAGGAGAGGAAUCAGGACAGUCUGCAGAGGAAAAGGUUAAGAAUGUCCUGGAUGAGAUUGUGGAGAAACUUCCUGAGGAGUUUAACAUGAUCGAGGUCAUACAGAAGUUCACUGGUCCCAAAAGUCCCUAUACGCUUGUUUGCUUCCAAGAGUGUGAAAGGAUGAAUCUCCUCAUUUCAGAGAUACGCAAAUCGCUUAAACAACUGGAUCUUGGUUUGAAGGGGGAGCUGACAUUUUCACCUGAAAUGGAAGCACAGCAGUCAGCAUUGUUUUAUGACACUGUACCUGACACAUGGACCAGACUGGCUUAUCCUUCCACAUACGGCCUUGCCCAGUGGGUUAAAGACCUUCUCAAGCGCUAUCGAGAACUUGAUACCUGGAUGCAAGAUCUUGUGCUUCCAGCAGUGGUGUGGCUGUCUGGGUUCUUUAAUCCCCAGUCCUUUUUGACUGCUGUUAUGCAGAGCAUGGCCCGCAAGAACAACUGGCCUUUGGAUAAGAUGUGCCUUACUGUAGAUGUUACCAAAAAGAACAAAGAUGAUUAUGGCCACCCACCAAGAGAAGGAGCAUAUAUCUGUGGACUUUUUAUGGAGGGAGCCAGGUGGGAUACCCAGUCAGGGGUCAUAGCUGAAGCCCAGCUCAAGGAUCUGACUCCAGCAAUGCCAGUCAUCUUUGUAAGAGCUAUACCAAUGGAUCGGCAGGAAACCAGAAACAUAUACGAAUGUCCCAUAUAUAAAACUAAAAACCGAGGCUCCACCUAUGUUUGGACAUUUAAUCUGAGAAGCAAGGAAAAGUCAGUCAAGUGGGUGCUGGCAGGAGUAGCCUUACUCUUGGCAGUUUAGUACAGAGCCUCUGGUAACAGCUGCUCUUACAGCCUUACAAUCAGACAGAUAUCGCGUUAAUUUCACUAUGUUUAUAGUACAUCCUAUGUAUCGCACCAUGCUGUACAGCAUAUUAUACAACAACCCCCUUCUAUAUCAUGAGUGCAUGUUUCUUCACCUA